UGUUUUCUCUCUCUGUCCUCUCCUCCUCAGGGCCAGCUGUCCCAGGCCCUCAACAUCCUGUCAGACCGAGCUACAGAAGCCAAAGAGUUCCUGGUUCAGCUGAGGAACAUGGUGCAGCACAUCCAGCCCACUGAUGGUCCAGGGAGACCCUUACUCGUGACAUCAGGGUGGGGAACACUGAAGGAGAACGGCGUGGAGUUCGAAGCCUGUCUUGUGGCGCAGUGUGACGCCCUCAUCGACGCCCUGAACCGACGCAAGGCCCAGCUGCUGACCCGUGUCAACAACGAGCAUGAGCACAAGCUGAAGGUGGUGAGAGAUCAGAUAUCUCACUGUACGGUGAAGCUGCGUCAGACGACAGGCCUGAUGGAGUAUUGUCUGGAGGUCAUCAAAGAGAACGACCCCAGCGGAUUCCUACAGAUCUCAGACGCCCUGAUCAGGAGGGUGCACAUGACGGAGGGUCAGUGGGGGAAGGGAACCCUGACCCCCAGGAUGACCAGUGACUUUGACCUGACCCUGGACAGCGGACCCCUGUUACAGACCAUCCACCAACUGGACUUCAUACAGAUGAAAGUUCCUUCUGCCCCCAUGCUCCAGCUAGAGGAAUGCUGCACCAUCAACAACAGCGCCACAUUGUCAUGGAAACAGCCGCCUCUAUCCACCAUCGCUGUGGACGGAUACAUCCUGGAGCUGGACGAUGGCAAUGGGGGACAGUUUAGGGAAGUGUACGUGGGGACGGAGACGAUCUGCACGGUGGACGGACUCCACUACAACAGCACCUACAUGUCGAGGGUCAAAGCCUUCAACGCCAGCGGAGUUGGACAGUACAGCAAGACACUGGCCAUGCAGACCUCCGAGACUGGACAAUCCCCCUGUGAUAUGCAAACGCUAGCCACAGUUGCCUGGUUCACUUUUGACCCCGCGUCGGCCCACCCUGACAUCAUCCUCUCCAACGACAACCUGACGGUGACGUGCAACAGCUACGACGACAGGGUGGUCAUGGGUAACUCCGGCUUCUCCCGCGGUGUGCACUACUGGGAGAUCACGGUGGAUCGCUAUGACAACCACCCGGACCCUGCGUUCGGGGUUGCUCGGGUUGACGUGCUGAAGGACGUGAUGCUGGGGAAGGACGACAAGGCCUGGGCCAUGUAUGUGGACAACAACCGCUCCUGGUUCAUGCACAACAACUCACACACCAACAGGACGGACGGGGGCGUCAGUGAAGAGGCUACGGUAGGAGUGUUGUUAGACUUCACCAGAGGGAUCCUCAUCUUCCUCAUCAACGACGAACAGCAGGGUCCUGUGGCCUUCGAAGGCAUCGAGGGGCUCUACUACCCUGCUGUCAGCCUCAACCGCAACGUACAGGUGACCCUGCACACUGGCCUGCCCAUUCCUGACUUCUACACUCCAGAGGAAGCAGACCUAUCUGGCUCAGUGUGUUAAGGAGUUGACUCAGCACAGCAGUGAAUGAAGACAAGACAAGGGCUGUGUACCAAUUGGCACCCUAUUCCCUAUAUAGUGUGCUACUUUAGACCAGGGCCCUAUAGAACCCUAUUCCCUAUAUAGUGCACUACUUUUAACCACAGCCAUAUAGGGACUUUAUAAGGAAUAGGGAGCCAUUUGGUACUCAGAAGGCACCAGGCUGCUCAAUUUACCCUCCCAAAUUGCACCCUAUUCCCUAUAUUUGGCACUAUUUUUGGCCAGACUUGUGCCAAAAGUAUUGCAUUACAUAGGAAUAGGGUGGGAUUUCAGAUGUACCCUAGAGGGUUAAUUUAACUCACAACACCGCGUCCCCUUUCCUCUAUAGACCAACCAGCCGCAUCGUCUCACAUCAGAUAGCGCAAUCUUAGCCUGUCGAUCGCGGGACUAGUGUUGGGUUGGAGUGACGUCGACUGACAAUGCUCCUGACCCCUGAACUCUACAGAUCACCAGACGGUCCAGACCCAUAGCCUUUGACUGUACAGUACAAGACUCUCAAUACUGAGCCAUACAUGUAUAUACUGCUCCGUAACCAUGGACACUCAGCCAUACAUGUAUAUACUGCUCCGUAUCCAUGGAUACUCAGCCAUACAUGUACAUACAGGCUGCUCCGUAACCAUGGACACUCAGCCAUACAUGUAUAUACUGCUCCGUAUCCAUGGAUACUCAGCCAUACAUGUACAUACAGGCUGCUCCGUAACCAUGGAUACUCAGCCAUACAUGUAUAUACUGCUCCGUAACCAUGGAUACCCAGCCAUACAUCUACAUACAGACUGCUCCGUAACCAUGGACACUCAGCCAUACAUGUGCAUACAUACUGCUCCGUAACCAUGGACACUCAGCCAUACAUGUAUAUACUGCUCUGUAACCAUGGACACUCAGCCAUACAUGUAUAUACUGCUCCAUAACCAUGGAUACUCAGCCAUACAUGUACAUACAGACUGCUCCGUAACCAUGGAUACUCAACCAUACAUGUACAUACAGACUGCUCCGUAACCAUGGAUACUCAGUCAUACAUGUACAAACAUCCUGCUCCAUAACCAUGGACACUCAGCCAUACAUGUAUAUACUACUCCGUAACCAUGGAUACUCAGUCAUACAUGUACAAACAUCCUGUUCCAUAACCAUGGACACCUGGAACUCUCACCUGGAAAUGGAACUCUGAGCUUACUGUCCUGUCUUAACAUGUAAAUUAUUAUGAUUGGGUUAAAGUUCACCAUAACAACCCUGCCAUGUAUCUGGUCUUUAAAUGUUGCCAUGGUGAUGUUCUACUGCUAUUCUACUGCUAUACACACACACACACACACACCUCCCGCAGCAGUAAACAUGGUACCACUUCUCCACACCAUCAUUUCAUUAGAAUCCUUGGAAGCUUUUCUGUCCCACCAAACAUACACACAGCACAUACAAGAGACUAAAGAAACCCACAUUGGUGAAUGACCCUUUAUGACAACCAGGGGCAGCAGAAGAGGACUGAAGAGACCAGGAUACAGAUCUACCUGUAGACGGCUGACGGUGACCGAUGCACUGAUCCCUGACAGAAAGCAAUGGGUUGCAUCCCAAAAAGGGCACUUCUUUUGACCAGGGCCCCAUAGAUGUGUGCUGUUCUCAAACUGACCCAUAGGGCUCUGGUGAAAAGUAGUGCACUACAUAGAGAAUAGGUUGUCAUUUGUGACUCGGGCAUGGACUGUAUUGCUGUUGUAUUCUGUAAAUGAGACGCUACCAGUGGCUUUGCUUGUGUGAACCUGAAUCUCAUCCAUAGUUUGUAACCAACUAACGAGAGAGUCAACUUAUUAUAUUCUACUACUGGAAGUAAACAGGUCUUUAUUUAUUGAUCCUAUCGGGCGUCCCAAAUGGGACCUCAUUUCUUAUAUAAUGAACUACAGUAUAUAUAAGAAAUAGGAUGUCAUUUAGGACGUGUCGCCAUCUGUUUCUCCACAGUGCAGCUGUCAUUAAUGUUGCUAAGCGCUGACUAUAUGUAAAGUAUGUCUAUGGCUACGUCCUAAAAUGGUACCCUAUUGCCUAUAUAGGGCCUAUAGGGUUCUGGUCAAAAGUAGUGGGCUGUGUAGAGUAUCGGGUACCCUUUUGGGAUCUAUCCACUGGCAGCUGGCAAGAGGCGCUAUAAUUACACCAGAUCUAGUAUUAUUGUUAUUAUACAGUUUUAUUCUGCUAUUGCUAUCAGUAGGAGCAGUAGUAUGGAGGGGGAUGGUGGUCUUUGGGGUGAUGAUGAUGUUGGUGACCAACAACAAUGAAAAUGUUUGGAUGUUUUCCCCCCUUUCCUCUACGUUACAGGUUAUUGUGAAUGAGGUGUCACUACAACACAGCAUAGUAAUACUCUUACUGUAGAUGACUGAAUCCUAGGAUGAUUACUAAAUGGGACCCUAUUUCCUAUUAUAGUACACUACUUUUUUUUUAUUUACUAAAAGGGGGGUCUAUGGUGAAAAGUAGUGCACUAGGUAGGGAAUAGGGUGCCAUGUAGGACACUUUUAUGACUCCUAAUAGUUUUUUGUACUAUCAUUCAUGAAAAUGUUGUUAUGUUGAGGAGAUGGAUGUAGAUGUAUUAGUUAUUGACGUCAUUAGUUAUUUGAUGUUAUUAGUUACGUUCGGACAGAGAGCCUCUUCGUUGGGGAUUUUCCACGUUAGGUCAUUGUUGUUCCUUAUUUUGCAACUUUAAUUAUGAAUUUAAUUACGAAAAGGAAUAUAUCCCAUGAGGUGCUGUUUCGUGUCAUUAAAAGCUGCGAAAGUAGUCUGACGUGUGCUGCUACUCUCAAACUGUACAGUAAAUAUAGGCAGCCAUGGCAUAGUAUAGCCCGGGUACCAGUCUGUUUGUGCUAUCAUUCCACUCUUUGUCAACAAGUUUGGCUUGACAAGGAGUGGCGAGGAGCACAAAGGAAACAAACUGGUACCCAGGCUAGCGCUAGUGGUUGAUGGGCUACAAAAAAACAAAGACAGGAUUUAAACAUGCUGUCUCCUUUGUUACAUUUACAUUUUUACAUUUUUAGUAAUACAUACAUACAUAUGCAUACAUUUUUGAACCCAGCCCAGCCUGGGCGCGAACCCAGAGACUCUGGUGCCCUAGACCACUGCGCCACCCGGGAGGCCUGUAGACAUUGUUAGACCUUCAUAGUUGUACCUUUAUACCUAUAAACACUUGAUAAACCUAUUAUAAGUCUUUACCUCAGCACACAGCUGCUCCUGUAUCCUAAAUGGCUCCCUAUUUAGUGCACUACUUUUGAUUGGGAUCUGGUCGAAAGUAGUGCACUAUAUAGGGAAUAGGGUGCCGUUUGAGACAUAUAAGGUGCCAUUCGAGACAUGUACAGGGACAUUAGUGACACGUGUCAUUCGCCCUGACUUUAGUGUACGCUCUCUGGGGUGUCAUAUUGGUGAAGGAUACUUUCAAACGAGCCCUUUUAAAAUCCCUGUUCGGCUAACUACAGUAUUUUCAAGAGAAUUCCAGGGCCAUGGUGAGAGGAAUGCUGCAUCGACAUCUUGAGGAAUCCUCUUUUCUAAGCACAUCCAUUUAUUUGAUGUUAUUAGGAAUCAUACAACGCCUACAGUAUAGCAGGGUGAUUUAGGAAUCAUACAACGCCUACAGUAUAGCAGGGUGAUUUAGGAAUCAUACAACGCCUACAGUAUAGCAGGGUGAUUUAGGAAUCAUACAACGCCUACAGUAUAGCAGGGUGAUUUAGGAAUCAUACAACGCCUACAGUAUAGCAGGGUGAUUUAGGAAUCAUACAACGCCUACAGUAUAGCAGGGUGAUUUAGGAAUCAUACAACGCCUACAGUAUAGCAGGGUGAUUUAGGAAUCAGACAACGCCUACAGUAUAGCAGGGUGAUUUAGAUACUGUCAUCAUCCAUCUUCCAUCCAUAUUUUGGGUGUUGGUUAUUUUGGGUGUUGGUUAUGUUGGUUAUUUUGGGUGUUGGUUAUUUUGGGUGUUGGUUAUGUUGGGUGUUGGUUAUUUUGGGUGUUGGUGGGCCUAUGGUGGUGAAUAAUGUAAUGCUGCCUCAGCAGUGUAAAAGCUAUAUUGGCUGCCUGGUUGCAUGACUGAGUGGAAGGCCAACAUUUAACUGUGACUGGAGCCGUAGGCCUGGUGUAACCAUGACUACUGGAGCAGUAGGCCUGGUGUAACCAUGACUACUGGAGCAGUAGGCCUGGUGUAACCAUGACUACUGGAGCAGUAGGCCUGGUGUAACCAUGACUACUGGAGCAGUAGGCCUGGUGUAACCAUGACUAAUGGAGCAGUAGGCCUGGUGUAACCAUGACUACUGGAGCAGUAGGCCUGGUGUAACCAUGACUACUGGAGCAGUAGGCCUGGUGUAACCAUGACUACUGGAGCAGUAUACCUAGUGUAACCAUGACUACUGGAGCAGUAUACCUAGUGUAACCAUGACUACUGGAGCAGUAGGCCUAGUGUAACCAUGACUACUGGAGCAGUAUACCUAGUGUAACCAUGACUACUGGAGCAGUAGGCCUAGUGUAACCAUGACUACUGGAGCAGUAUGCCUAGUGUAACCAUGACUACUGAAGCAGUAUGCCUAUUGUAACCAUGACUACUGGAGCAGUAUACCUAGUGUAACCAUGACUACUGGAGCAGUAGGCCUAGUGUAACCAUGACUACUGGAGCAGUAGGCCUAGUGUUAGGCUAUAAAGGGGGUGGCACAAUGCGACUCCAGACCUAUAGAGGGGUAACAUGGGCCUGCCUGGUCUUGCUGCUUGACUGAGUUAAAUCUUCAUUAAUCCCACUGACAACUCUCUAAACACUUAGUUGUUUUUCUGUCGGCCUCUUUUGUUGAGUCAUUAUGGAGGCUACUAGACAGAAUUCACUUUGGUCUUCACCGCAGGUGCACUCUGCCCAAAAUAUCCUCACAGGCCUGUGGAGAGAGAAAGAGAGCGGGUCAGAGAGAGAGACAGAGUGGGGGGGGGGGGGGGGGUCAUCUAGGAUCCAGGCCAAGUAAAGACAAAUAUGGUAAUUAUCCUAGGAUGUAGGCCAAAUAAAGACAAAUAUGUCAAUGUUUCAUAACUCUUCCAGCAUACAAAGUAGAUUUUCAUUUAGCCCUGUUUCUGUAAGCUUGUUGUUAUACAAUUUUUAGCCUGAAAUAUUGAUAUUUGGUUCAAUGCAAAUACACUUUGUAGAUACUGUCGGUAAGCAUCAACUUGAAUUAGAUAUUUUUGAAUGAAGGUCGAUCCAGUGGUGUUAUUUAUCCAUACUCGUUUUAAUUGAUGUCUAAACCAGCUGUAGGUCAUUUAAUUUGAGUCAUAUGGUGCCUACCCCUAGAGAUGGUGAGUUUUAAAAGAAAAUGCACAUUUGAGCAAAGUAUUUGUGGUGAAAACCCCCCCCCUCCAAAAAAAGUGUAUCCCUUAGUCCCUCAAAACACCUUUCUUUUAUUGUCCUAAUUUAUAAUUCUCGAAAUGUCGAUACAGUCGCUGGGCGACAUUGGCAGUUUAUUUCAAUAUACAGUAUAGAGUUAUAGCCUACCCUAUGCUGCGCAUGCAGAGCGUGCGUCAGACAUGGUCGUUUAACAUCCCAAAGUGAUGGUCUGUUUGGCAGAUUAUAUAAAUGUUGGAAUGUCCUCAAGCAUUGUUUUAAUUUGCAUAUACUAGCCUACUUACUUAUACAUACAAUACACCGAGUGUACAAAACGGCAACGCGGCUUGGGUUUUUCCACGCUCAACAGUUUCCUGUGUGUAUCAAGAAUGGUUCACCAUCCAAAGGACAUCCAGCCAAUUUGACAUAACUGUGGGAAGCAUUGGAGUCAACAUGGAGGGGGUGUAACUCAAUAUUAGGAAGGUGUCCAUAAUGUUUUGUACACUCAGUGUUGUAGUCGAUAAAGACAAAUUAUGAUAUUAUUAUUAUUAUUAGAAGUGUUACUAUUACUGAUCUCUUGGUGUUUUCUGUAUUUAUGAAUAUUCAAUAAAUUAUAGGUGUCCAAAAACA